GUUUGUAAGGCGUGCUCCCAUGGUGGCCCUCCCAUCUAUCCUCCUGGAGACGCUGCACAACUCGCUCUCUCUGAAGCAGGUCGACGAGUUCCUCAACACGGUGUGUGCGAGCAGCAGCGAGGCGCACGCCAAGACCAUGAGAGCGCUCUCCUGCCUGUUUGACUCUCAGAGCCAGACGUCUCUCUACAGCCCUCAGCCAGCGCUCUCCUCCUCUGGGUCGGAGACGUCUCUGCGCCCGCCGAGCCAGCCGCUGUGGCGUGAGUGCUUCAUCUUUUAAUGGCGUUAUGCAACACGUAGAGCCACCUUCAUCUCCUCUGGUUGGAGCGUUAGGAAACAUACGAGCCAAAUCUCACUGAUGCUACGAUGAAAGUUAAAUACUGUAGUGUCUGUUGGAAGUAUUUGGAUAUAUACUGUACAAGUGUUAUGGGGUUUGUCAAUUGUAUUUUAAAUUCACUAUUUCAAUCCCUACAAACAUUUUGGCACCGAAAAACAGCUGCUACAGUAGAUCAAUUACAAUAAGGAGAAAGAAAAUAGGUCUUUAAAUAGGCGAACCAAUCAGCACUGUGAGAGGGAUUUGUUGUAAAAUACUACAUGUUCACAUUAUUUGGAAGAA